CAAAAAGAGAGAAGGUGAACAAGGAGUCAGAUGUUCUUUGUUGGCGCUCUCCUUCAUCAAAAUCAAAAACGUGUGACCAGUGAUAUUAGGCUCAUUUGAAUUGCUACAUUCAGUACUUGUUGGUGACACCUGAACACAGAACAGAAAACCUGUUGCGUGAUUCAAUUCCAGAGCAUCAUGUGGCCAGCCCUCCUAGUGUGUCAGCUCGUCCUGAUUCUCCAGUCAGAGGCUCAGAGUCCCUGCCUCACCCACCCAACAUUCAGAGACCCGGACAGCUCUGAUAUUACAGUUGUGUGUGGCACAAACAGGAUGGAUUUGCAGAUUUUGCUGUGCCCCAUGUACUUCUAUGGAUACAAUGAAUCCAUGGUGGCUCUUAAUAGUCAGUUUGGCAAACCUGAGUGCAGAGGAACCGCUGACUGGACCGUCGACCCACCUGUAGUGAAAUUCCAGUUCUACAUCACUGAACCAUACAUAUCUGUCUGCUCCAAUAAGCUGACGAUCACCGAUGAGAUCGGAUCUGGGCUGUUCUCAGACUUCUCCAGUGUUCAGUCUGUGAACAUCUCUGGAGUGGUCAAUACUCAGGACGUGAAUGCUGGAACCAUCACCUACUGGCAGGAGAUCAAAUACCUCUUUUCCUGUAGAUACCCACUGCAGUACAUGGUCAACAACACGGAGAUGAGUGUAUCUGGAGUGAGUUUGGCAAUUAAAGACAAUAAUGGUAGUUUCAUCAGCACUCUGAGCAUGGUUCUUUUUGAGGACUACACAUAUACCACUCGUCUCUUCAUACCUCCAACGGGUCUCAUGCUGAAAACCAGGGUUUUUGUGGAAGUGCGAGCCACUAAUCUCACAGAGAGGUUCAAUGUUCUUUUGGAUCGAUGCUAUACAACCACAAGUCCUUACCCAGGAAACAGCACAUCAUUUGACCUGUUUGUCGGCAAAGAUGAUUGCGAGGAUGAUUCAGGUACAAAUAUGCAUCUGAAAGUGAUUCCACAGCUCAGUUAA